UCUUCCCACCAAAGGGCUUUUAUUUCUGAAUAUCUCCAUCAUCUGCCUUCGCAGACCAGGACGCAUCCAAAACGGAAUAGCAAAGUAAGGAUCACUGCAUCCAUGCAGAGGACACUGGUAAAUACUCUUAAUAAUGAGCUAAGGCCCCACACGCUGUGAUUGCCUUUUCCUCCAACACAAAUCGUUACUCGUACAGCAGUACGUGGCACCAUGGUUCACACAGCACUGCUGCCCACCCGAGAGCCCAGAGGAGAGCCCUUGAAGCACCCGGUUAAGGGGAAGAGAGAGUGGGGGAGAGCGUAUCAACUGCCUCAGAGAGGUAUGAAUUUGGCGCCUUGCCGUCUGAUUGGUCUAUCUCCACCACCAAUAGACUCGGGGGCCAAAAGCGGUGGCUCCGCAGAGGAGACCAAUCAGUAAAAAGUUUCUUCCGGCAGACGCACCAAUAGCGAGGCGCGGCGGCGCUGUCCAAUGAGCUGAGCGCUAUUUUGGGGAAGGUUAUAAGAGGACCGGGUGCAGAGCCCCUCGCCCCACUUCGCCGGAGAACUCUCGUCGGCAGGGUACAGCGCGCACGGAGGAGCGAGCCGCCAUGUCUGGCCGUGGCAAGAGUGGCGGUAAGGCCCGGGCUAAGGCCAAGUCUCGCUCGUCCCGGGCAGGACUGCAGUUCCCGGUCGGGCGCGUUCACCGGCUGCUGCGGCGCGGUCACUACGCGGAGCGCGUGGGGGCCGGCGCUCCCGUGUACCUGGCGGCCGUGCUGGAGUACCUGACUGCCGAGAUCCUGGAGCUGGCGGGCAACGCGGCCCGCGACAACAAGAAGACGCGUAUCAUCCCGCGGCACCUGCAGCUCGCCGUGCGCAACGACGAGGAGCUCAACAAGCUGCUGGGCGGCGUCACCAUCGCGCAGGGCGGCGUCCUGCCCAAUAUCCAGGCCGUCCUGCUGCCCAAGAAGACCAGCGGCGGCAGCGCGGGCCCCACCAAGGCCGGCAAGAAGGGCAGAGGGCAGCAGUCACAGGAGUACUAGAGCGGCCGAGGCCUCGGCACCACACAAAGGCCCUUUUCAGGGCCACCCCCAUUGCUCACCGGGAGAGCUGCGAUCCGCGUGGGGAGGGGGCGUGUCGCGGCCCCGCCGUCAGGCCUGGAGGCGGGGCCGGCCCGGGCCCCACCCCGUCCGCUGGCCGGGGCUGCGGAGCCGAGGAGCGCUGGUGCCUGCCGCCGUCCCGGUCUGUGAAGCUGUGAACAGAGGAGCUGCUCCGGAAAGACACUGACACCGGGGUGCUGUUUACCAUUCUGCUGUAUUUAUCAGCUGUUACGUUUUAUUGGUCGUUGCAGAGAAUAAACUAUCCUUCAUUUCCAAAA